ACAACAAGAUUGAAAUGGGGUUUUUACCAUUAGAUCAGGAGAAAGCUUUUGACCGGGUCGAACAUGUUUUUCUUUUUAACAUCCUAAAGGCUUUUGGUUUUGGUGAAAAUUUUAUCUCAAUGAUGAGGCUAUUAUACUCUGAAGCUACAUUUAUGAUAAAAGUGGCCGGUAGCUUAAGUGCUGCUGUGAAGGCUCAGAGGGGUAUCAGGCAGGGCUGCCCCCUGUCGGGCCGACUUUACAGCAUAAUUAUUUAACCCCUGCUAUAUAAGCUUAGGAAAGAAUUGACGGGUCUACAAAUCGACACUCUAAACGGUCAACAACCCACCAAAUUAUCUGCAUAUGCGGAUGAUAUCACAGUCAUAUUGUGGUGUUUGUCUUUUAGAUGCUGGUGAGACAGAGACUGUGGAGGACUCUCCUCCUCCUGAGAGUUUCAGGCUGGACCACACACUAGUCACCCCUUAUUCAAGCUCCAUAAGGGAGAUGCUGAUGACAUUUGGGACCGCAACUUAUAAAGUUGGGCUUAAGGUGCACCCUAAUGAGCAGGACCCCCGUGUGCCUAUCAUGUGCUGGGGCAGCUGUUCUUACACCACCCAGUCUAUAGAGAGAUUAUUGGUAGAUGAGGAGAAGCCUUGUUUGGAAGUUUACCCUGUAGACAGGUAUGACAACCCAACUUAUUGUCAUAUCUCAGCCCAGCCAGGACUCGGUUUCCCGAGAAGCAACACCCACUUCUAACAUGGCCGCUGAGGACUACACUUCCCACACACGCAUGCGCUCACCUCCCCGGAGUUCUGAUCACACACACCUGCAGCCAAUCACCUUGUCCACUCACCACGGCUUAUUAAGAGACUUUGGAUACAGAGACACUUUGUGAAGUAAACGUUCAGCAGACUAGUUUCUCUGUCGUUCUCCAAGCGUUACCUGCUGUGUUUAUUCCAUAAGUGACUUUGACCUUUGCUUACGUCCCCGACCACGAUUUCUGUCUUGCCCCGUUUGUUUUGUUUGCAUGAUCGCCUGACCCUCGCUUGCUUCUUGACUACGGACUGUGUUCACCCCUCUGGAUUAUUCUGCCUGAACCUGCUGCCCGCUUCUGCUUCUGUAUUCCCCACGGUACGUGACACUUAUCAAGCCAGAAUGAAUUCUUCUUUCGAGGGAUGUGUGAUGAUGUAAUAAAUUCUGUAUCAGAGGUAUUGUUAGUGCUGUUAAAAUACUCGACGAAGCACUGUUUGCUUGCAGGAUGUAGUAGUUAAUUGUACACUAGAAUAAAUUCUUCUGAUGAUUUGAUUUGCUUUUCACUUGUAAUUCUAAAUAUAAAAGCAUAUAUAUAACUGUGUAUAUAUAAAUGAAAAUAGACUGCAUCUGUCAAAUCAUUACUCAAGCUUCUGAGCAUCAUUCGCACUCUAAAGAUAUCUAGAAGAUUGCUCAAUUAUGUGUUCGGGGUUCAUUUUGGUAGCAUUA